AUGAAAUUCAGUUCCUACAACUAUGAAUCAUUUCCUUUGUUUACCUUUUCUAAUACAUUAAAAAUGUCAAAUUGUAAUACUUGUGGCAAGGCUUUCGGGUUCUUUACAAAGGAGCUGGGAUGUCCAAAGUGUAAUAAAGUGUUUUGCAAGAAAUGUCUGUGCUAUAAAAUUGCAGCCAUCGAUAAUCCAAAGAAAACUAUUUUGGUCUGUUUGAGAUGUUCAAAAAUACAGGAAGAUCCAAUGAUUGGUAGCAAACAUGUGAAACCACCGCUUGAAGAACUACUUGGUGUCAAGCCUGAAGAAGUAACCAGUCCAAUUUUAGAGCCAUCAACAUCAAAUGACGAUAAUUUAAUAAGAACACGACUUGAUGAAUUGAAAGAUCCAGAAAUGACAGUUGAGGACUCAAACAUUGAUGAUAUUCAAAUGAGACUAGCUAAUUUGAAAGGAGUUGACUAUAGAAAGCCAACCGAUAAGAUAAUAUUCUCAAAAGACACACGAACAGAACAGGAAAAGAUUGAUGACUUGUUAAAGCAGUUUGUUGAGGAAAGGGAUAUUAAUCAGCAAUACUCAAGUCAACCAGAGGAAUCGUCAGGCUCUAUUGAUGACAUUGAGAGACGAUUAGCACUUUUGAGAGGCCAAGAUGUGUCUAAAUUAAGAUCCCAACUUCCAGACUUUUCAGACGAAACUGAGCAGGAAGAAGUAGAUAGGACAAUCAUGCAGUACCUUGAAGAAGCAAAACUUCCAGAUUUAGACGAAACAAUUGAAAGUGAAUUUAUAAAUUCAAUUCCGAAACCUGAAAAUAAGAAAGAUAUUGAGGAACUUCCAUUCUGUGAGAUUUGUAAUGAGGAUGCAGUAAUUCGGUGCAUAGAAUGUGAAAAUAUUUUCUGCCAUAAAUGUUUUCUGGAAUUCCACGAAGAUGAAGAAUAUAAAAGCCAUAAAACAAAGCCUUAUCAAGCACCAAAAGAAAGUGAAAAUUGAAUUUUAUGCUUCUAGUUCUUUAUACGACGCGAAAAUAAAUAUUUAUAUUUAUAGUUUUACAUAUUAUAUUGACAUAAAUUAUGAGCUAUAUAUUUUUUGGAAUUUAUUUAUCACUUUCACAUGAAAUGUAAGCUAAGCCCCAUUUUAAAUUGGUCAGGAGGAAUUUUAAUGCCUUCGUCCACUGCUCUUCGCUGUUGAAUUGGAUUCUGUGGGAAAUUAGAUAAAAUACUAAAUUAGUAAAGGCUUGUGUUGAAAUAAAAAUUCAGUUAUGUUUUU